AAUGAACUUAGUGAUUGUGAAUAUAUGUGUACACCAGAAGAAAUAUGUAGCAGAAACUGCAAAACAUGUUUCAUUUAACCUGUUUCCUGAAAAAUCAAGAAAGAAGUAUGAAAGAGCAUACGAACUGGUUUCUUCUUGGUGCGUAAGUAUGCGGCAGAGGUGCUCAAGGAUAGAUCCUACCUACGGACAAGAUGAGGCUCUAACACAAGGAUGCUAGGAGGCGUGGUGGCGCGGCACACCAGUCUGCGUCGGCGCAACAGCUCGCCGCCCCCGGCUCAGCUGCCAUCCGGCGCCAUGUACAGCCGUCGCCGCCGCGCCGUCACCACCUCCGACCACAAGUCAUGCGCCCUCAUACAGACCAGGAUCAAGCUGGGGGACAUCAUGUUGGCGGCAGCACAGGAGGCGGCAGCGCAACAGCGGGCUGGUCGUGACUGGUCCCCCACCGCCAUGGGCCAGCCAGGGGGCCCCAACCAGCCCGCAAAGGGCCCCUCCUCGCUCUUCCUGCUCAGCGAGGACAACCCCCUACGCCGAUACACCAGAUUCAUCAUCGAGUGGCCUCCGUUCGAGUAUGCAGUCCUGCUCACCAUCAUCGCCAACUGUGUGGUCCUGGCCCUGGAAGAACAUCUGCCACAGAACGACAAGACCCCGCUAGCAAAGAAACUGGAACAAACGGAGACUUAUUUCCUCGGCAUUUUUUGUGUAGAAGCAUCCCUUAAAAUCUUAGCAUUAGGUUUUGUACUUCAUCGCGGCUCAUACCUUCGUAACAUUUGGAACAUCAUGGAUUUUUUCGUUGUAGUAACAGGGUUCGUCACAAUAGUCUUUACGGAUUUCACAAAAUUAGAUAUGGAUCUGCGCACUUUGAGGGCUAUUCGAGUGCUCAGGCCUCUCAAACUGGUCUCUGGUAUUCCAAGUCUACAGGUUGUGCUCAAAUCCAUCAUCAAGGCGAUGGCACCCCUGCUACAGAUCGGGUUGUUGGUGUUGUUUGCCAUCGUCAUAUUCGCCAUCAUUGGGCUGGAGUUCUACUCGGGGGCGCUGCACAAAACCUGCUACAGCCUAGAAGACUUGAGAAAGAUCGUACCAGAGGGUGAGAGUGAAACGCCAACUCCUUGUAAUACGGACAAUAGAACUGAGUCGCCCACAGAUUCUGGACAGCCUUUCGAUUUUGGUGGGAGUUAUGCGUGUGAUCCGAACAUCUCUGUGUGCGUAGAGGACUGGGAAGGGCCUAACUAUGGGAUCACAUCAUUUGAUAACAUUGGCUUAGCCAUGCUCACAGUGUUCCAAUGUAUUACUAUGGAGGGAUGGACUGCUAUUUUAUACUGGAUGAAUGAUGCCAUAGGUAGUUCUUUCAACUGGCUUUAUUUUGUCCCUCUCAUUGUUCUUGGGUCGUUCUUUAUGCUCAACUUAGUUCUUGGUGUUCUUAGUGGUGAAUUUGCCAAGGAAAGAGAAAAAGUGGAAAAUCGCCAGACUUUUUUAAAGUUGAGAAGGCAACAACAACUUGAAAGAGAACUGAACGGCUAUGUAGAAUGGAUAUGUAAAGCAGAGGAGGUAAUUUUAGCCGAGGAAAGAACUACAGAAGAAGAGAAAAUGCACAUAAUAGAAGCAAGAAGAAGAGCAGCGGCAAAAAGAAAAAAGUUAAAAAACUUGGGGAAAAGCAAAAGCACAGACACAGAAGAAGAGGAGGGGGAGGAGGAAGGAGAAGAUGUGCCUGUUAAUAAGAAAAACCGAAGAGAUCCCACUGGAGCUUCGUACUUGAAAGCGAAAGCGAAAAAUAAAGGAGCUUGUCAGUCAUUUUGGAGGGCGGAGAAGAGGUUCAGGUUUUGGAUCAGACACACGGUGAAAACACAAACGUUUUACUGGUUUGUGAUAGUGUUGGUGUUCUUCAACACAGUGUGCGUAGCUGUGGAGCACUACAACCAGCCCCAACACCUUACUACCUUCUUGUAUUAUGCAGAAUAUGUUUUUCUUGGCCUUUUCAUGCUGGAAAUGUUGAUAAAAAUGUAUGCUCUCGGACCUAGAAUUUAUUUUGAAUCUGCCUUCAAUAGAUUUGAUUGUGUAGUUAUCAGUGGUUCAAUUUUUGAAGUUAUUUGGUCAGAAGUUAAAUCCGGUUCGUUCGGACUGUCAGUUCUAAGAGCUCUCCGCCUGUUAAGGAUAUUUAAAGUGACAAAAUAUUGGUCUUCUCUGCGCAAUCUUGUGAUAUCCCUGUUGAACUCGAUGCGUUCAAUCAUCUCCUUGUUAUUCCUGCUGUUUUUGUUCAUUCUCAUCUUCGCACUGCUCGGAAUGCAGCUGUUUGGUGGUCAGUUCAAUUUUCCCGAAGGCACACCACCUACCAACUUCAACACUUUCCCCAUUGCUCUGCUCACAGUCUUCCAAAUUUUAACCGGUGAGGAUUGGAACGAAGUGAUGUACCAAGGUAUCCAGUCCCAGCGAGGGCCUAACAGCAACGGGAUGAUCUACGCUGUUUAUUUCAUCAUCCUGGUGCUCUUCGGCAACUACACUCUGCUCAACGUGUUCUUGGCCAUUGCUGUUGACAACUUGGCUAACGCUCAGGAGUUGACAGCGGCCGAGGAGGAGCAGGAGGAGGAAGACAAAGAAAAACAACAGAUGGAGCUAGAGAAGGAGAUGGAAGCGCUACAGCUGGGGCCUGAUGGUAACCCUAUACAGGUGGAGAUCUGCCCUUCCUCCCCGGCACACCACUUCAACAAAUCGAAAAACAGCAAAAAGGAGGAAGAAGAGAAAAAGGCUGAUGAGGAUGAAGAAGGACCUAAGCCAAUGCUGCCAUAUUCCUCAAUGUUCAUUUUAACCCCCACCAACCCGCUACGCAGAGCGGCACAUUGGGUGGUUAACAUGCAAUACUUUGACUUCUUCAUCAUGGUAGUGAUAGGUCUGAGUAGUAUCGCGCUGGCCGCUGAAGAUCCUGUUGUAGAUAACUCCACAAGGAACAAGGUCCUCAACUACUUCGAUCAUGCCUUCACCGGGGUCUUCACCUUAGAGAUGAUACUUAAGGUCCUAGACAUGGGUAUCAUUUUACACCCAGGCUCUUAUCUACGAGAGUUCUGGAACAUCAUGGAUGCUGUUGUAGUUAUAUGUGCAGCUGUCUCCUUAGGGUUUGAAAUAAGUGGCAGUGAUGCGGGUCAGAAUCUGUCCACAAUCAAAUCCCUGAGAGUGCUGCGUGUACUGAGGCCGCUCAAAACUAUUAAACGAGUGCCCAAACUGAAAGCGGUGUUCGACUGUGUAGUAAACUCAUUAAAAAAUGUAAUAAACAUUCUCAUCGUCUACAUCCUUUUCCAGUUCAUCUUUGCUGUUAUCGCCGUCCAACUCUUCAAUGGGAAAUUUUUUUUCUGUACAGAUGAAAGCAAAUCUACUGAAAAAGAGUGCCAAGGAAUGUACUUUGUGUUUGAAGAAGGAAAAACACUGCCAAAAGCCGAGCUGAGAGAAUGGAAGCCAAGAUGUUUCCACUACGACAACGUUGCCGCAGCCAUGCUGACGUUGUUCGCCGUUCAGACGGGGGAGGGAUGGCCUCAGGUGCUACAAAAUUCAAUGGCUGCAACUUAUGAAGACAUGGGUCCAAUUCAAAACUUUCGUAUAGAAAUGUCCAUUUUUUAUAUUGUGUACUUUGUGGUCUUCCCUUUCUUCUUUGUGAAUAUAUUCGUUGCAUUGAUUAUCAUUACAUUUCAAGAACAAGGCGAAGCUGAGCUUCAAGAUGGAGAGAUUGAUAAGAAUCAGAAAUCCUGUAUAGAUUUUACAAUUCAAGCAAGGCCUUUAGAAAGAUAUAUGCCGAACAAGAGAAACAGUUUUAAGUACAAAAUCUGGAGAAUUGUUGUUUCCACACCGUUUGAAUAUUUCAUCAUGAUGCUCAUUGUAUUCAACACACUGCUCCUCAUGAUGAAGUAUCGAGACGCUCCCCCCCUCCUCGACGAUAUACUGCAGAUCAUGAACUUGGUCUUCACUAGUUUUUUCCUUAUCGAGUGUAUUUUGAAACUCAUCGCGUUUGGAGUGAAGAACUUCUUCAAAGAUCCGUGGAAUGUGUUUGAUUUUACAACAGUCAUCGGAAGCAUCGUUGAUGCUGUAGUUUUAGAGCUGAUGGAAAAGAAUAAGGAAACCCCCAUUCCAAAGAGUCCUAAUGGUCAAAUGUACCUAAACGGCUUUGACGCUUCUACAAAGGAUAAUUCAUUUAACAUGGGUUUCCUGAGGCUGUUUCGAGCGGCUCGGUUGAUCAAACUACUGAGACAAGGGUACACGAUACGAAUCCUGCUGUGGACCUUUGUUCAGUCUUUCAAGGCCUUGCCUUACGUCUGUCUGCUCAUAGCUAUGUUGUUCUUCAUUUACGCUAUUAUUGGAAUGCAGGUGUUUGGUAACAUAGCUCUACAGCCUGACGCGUCCAUAAACCGACACAACAACUUCCGCAGUUUUGUCCAAGGUCUCAUGCUGCUAUUCAGGUGUGCGACGGGGGAGGCCUGGCCUUCGAUCAUGCUGUCCUGUAUCAAGGGGCGAGCGUGCGAUGUACAGGCCUCCAAGGCGGAAAAUGAAUGCGGAUCAAACCUCGCUUACGCUUACUUCGUCUCGUUCAUCUUCUUUUGUUCAUUUCUCAUGCUGAACUUGUUCGUUGCUGUCAUCAUGGAUAAUUUUGAUUAUUUAACCAGAGAUUCUUCUAUAUUAGGAGCACAUCAUUUAGAUGAAUUUGUAAGAAUAUGGGCAGAAUAUGAUCCAAACGCUACGGGUAAAAUUCACUACACAGAAAUGUAUGAUAUGUUGAAAAAUAUUGAUCCACCUCUGGGAUUCGGUAACAAGUGCCCUAACCGCUUAGCUUAUAAAAAGUUGAUAAGGAUGAACAUGCCCUUGGACGAUGACGGCAAGGUCAACUUCACCACGACGCUCUUUGCUCUCAUCCGGGAAAAUCUCAGCAUCAAAAUGAGAAGUGCCGAAGAGAUGGACCAGGCAGAUGAAGAGUUGCGGGAUACGAUCAAACAAAUUUGGCCCCUUCAAGCAAAGAAAAUUUUAGAUCUUUUAAUACCCAAAAAUGAAGAGCUGGGAAAGGACAAGUUGACAGUAGGCAAGAUCUACGGAGGUCUUCUGAUCCUAGAGAGCUGGAGAUCCACCAGGUUUGGACAGCUAGAGUCGUCAGGGCCCCCGGGAUUUGGUGGUCAUAGUCCUCCAAAUGAGGCGGGCCCGGGGCUAGAAGAUGUUAUCGGAUCCCGUCGUCAGUCUACAGACUCUGUACAGGACCAGACCCAUCUUCAUCCUACGUCUAGCUACAGACACAACAGACCUCGCUCACGGUCACCCAGUGUCAGGAGAAGAGGGCCUCAUGACCCAUCGGACAUUGCCCGUAGUCCGUCGCCUCGCAGAAUGCAUCCCAACAGUCACCACGGCCACGGCUACCACGGGCACCCCUACCACCACCCCCAUGGUCAUCCCCACCACGACAUAGGCUUCAGCGAUACUGUGUCUAACGUCGUGGAGAUAGUGAAAAACGAACACUCCCACAUUCGGCGGCAUCCUUAUAUCAGAGAGUAUUCUGACGAAGAUGGAUCGUGGUCAGCCUCAACUAGUCCUGCGCGGUCGCCCAGUCCGGGCCACCACGGUCACAGUCACGCUGUGUCUCGUCACGGGUACGGCACCACGUCACUGGAGCAGAGGUCACGCUCACCCUCCCCCAGGGCCCAACGUACACAGCACAGCUACCCCGUGCUGGUGGCACGUAGAGGACAGGGGCGUCGUCUACCGCCAACCCCCAGCAAACCCUCCACUCUGCAGCUGCGCCCCGCCAACAUCAACUUUCCCAAGCUGAACCCAUCCCCUACACACGUGCCCCCCCACUACGCGGUCCCGCUCAGCUUUGAGCAGGCAGUCGCGAUAGGUCGGGGAGGCCGUAUGCUGCCGUCUCCUGUUCCCAACGGCUACAAGCCUCCCCCUCUGCCCUUGGAUUGUGAGCGACACAGUGACUCUGACGAUGACGACUGGUGCUAGCCUUUGCUGACAGGUAGCAGCAGCUCACAGGGACGUUACACUCUCUAACCGAGCCCGCUCGGUCCGCCGUCUUUCGACCGCUUUGUAAAUACCGCGACCUCUCUCAUUCGCAUCUCGUACGUGCUGGCCUCAUCGAGACGGUGGUCCGAGAACUGCUGCUAGCUGACAGCUCUAUACUGCCGUUAUGUCUCUCACUUCCCCUCAAGUGCUUUACAAAGUGAUUGGGUUGUUUCGUUUCGUUUUCUGUGAUAACACUAGAUACGACAUUACUCGUCGAUGUAAUGCGGACACUUUUGAAUUGGUGCUCAGUCCAGCCGAGGACCGUGCCGGAAUUAGUCGACUCUAGCCGUAGUGUGCGUGUGUGCGAUAGUGUGUUGUACAUUCGGCGUAUUUUAAUUUUGUACGAAAACUGGAUUUUUUAAUUUCGUGUAUAGGUCGCUGUGGCACCCGUGUUUUCUACUCGUCUUUUGCGUGGAAUGUCUGAUUUUAAAGGGGUAUGUUAUCGCUGUUUUCUUAGGUAUAUAAACUCCUAGUGUUUGCUAAUAAAUUAUAUUAUCGAUAUCCUGUUGCUCGGUCGAUGGGAUCGACUUCCCAAUCGUUAACAAUAUUUCAUUAUUAUAUAAACUCGAAACAAAGAUGCCUUAUUACUGUUUGUGAGUUUUGUGUUUGUUUGUUUAUUUUUUUUUCUUUUGUCAAAGGAGUGGAAACAGCAUUACACCCUUUUAUACUAAACCAUCGAAUGCUAGAGAUUUAAAGAUUAGGUUGACCCCCGUGCUUAGCAUGUGAAAUGAUGCUCAUACACACGAAUCAUACUUCCUUCAAAUCAUUCAAGAAAUUCUUGUAGUCUUUUUGAAUGGUUUUUGAAAAUACAUUUUUAUGUUCAAAAUUGCCAAAACUCUAUAUGGGGGACUAUCAGUACACUUGGUUACAUAAAUUACAACUGAGGUUGGUAUUAAGAGACAUUACUUACUUUUAUAACAGUUUUAACUGAAAAUUAAUGGAAAAUUAUUCAAAUCACCCUUUACGUCUGAUUUUCCAAGGUCAACACCAUGAAAUUGUGUUUAUGGGCAAACAUAGCAAUUCAUUAUAACAUUGUUAUCCUUAUUCAUAUUCUAUUAAGAUUAUUGUCACCACACAAAAAGCUCAACAUUUUAUUUUAUGAAUCUGAUAGGUUUAAAUAAUCCUAAUAGUGUUAAGUUUAUUGUUGAUAAGUUCCAUCCAUCACAUAACUCAUGUUUUGUUGAGGCAAUUUCAUUUGCAUUAUAAUAUAAUGCAUUUAUUUUAUGGAUAUUAAUAAGUUAAAACAUUCUUCACCUUUUGGUUGAAGCAUCAUGAAAAGUUUGUCAAGUUCAUGUUCAAUUUUGGUAGCUUUACUCAGACGCAUACCAUUCCACUGUUCAACUUCUGACCUAUUAUUUUUUCUGAUGCUAAUAUUUUUCAAACUUUUUUGUACAGAUGCAAAAUAUUUUUCUUAAGUCAAAGCCACAUCUGAAGAUAUAGUAAUUUCAUACCUAAACUAGGUAAUUAUUUCCCAUUCAAAUCAACCAUACAAAGACAACCUGCUUGAUUUAUUGCUAAAAUCUAACCUCAAUAAAUUUAGAUCUUCAUCCGAGAUUUGCGCUAAAAUAUUUUAAAGUUAUGCAGAAAAUGUUAUUUUGUGAGGAAUGAAAAAUUCUAAACCAGCAUGAACUAAUUUCAAUCAUUGUUUCAAAUAUUGUAAAUAGCAUCUAUACAUUUUUGUGAAGACUGCCUUAUACAUUAAGAGAUAUCAUUGAAUAUUACUAUUCCAACAGUAAUAUUACCGUAUUAUUGUGGUUGUUUUCUCACUGAGCGUUGAGUGAAUGUGUGCGUGACUGAAGCUCCUAGUCCCGUGUACAAAGCUAUGAUGUUCCCUCUAUAUUGUUAAGAGGGACCGGAACCAACGUAUGUAUAUUGUAUAUUAUCCCUGGUCCAACAACAGUACUCCAUUACCCGCCUUAGUUAUUCGCACACUGCUUGUACUAAAAAGGUUUGAUUCAAGUUUUUUUUACUACUGGGACCUAUUCUCUGAGAAAUAUUAUUUAGCGAUUCGUUUGAAUUUCACUUUUUGUGGCUUACGAUUUAUGAUGUUUGUGUAAAUAUUGCUAGUUGUUUUAAGGUAAAAUGAUAUAUUACGAAUUUUGUAUAUUUAUACAUUGUACAUCCGAUUUCAAUACGUUGUUUCCAUAAAUGGUGAAAUUAGAUAGGCUAGUUUGAUUAUUUUUCAAUGUAUUCAGAAUUAUUGAUAGAACUCUAAAUAUUCUUCAUUUUAAACUAGUUGCCUUCUUUAUUAUUUUUGUCAUUCUCGCUUUGUCUCUUUUGGUACUGGAAAUAAAAUUAAAAUCUUAUUAACUAAGCCUAAAUAAUUGUGUUCUUGAAACAAAUUUAUUUAAUGAACAGUAAACAAAUCAGCAAAAUAUUUUAAAAUUUUAAACCGAUAUAAUUAUAAAUAUCUACUUUACUUUAAUGGUUUUACUGGUAUAAAGAAAUCACUUAAAUUUAUAAUCUGUUGAGGCACUUCAGAAAAUAUAACUGUUUAAAUUUUGAAAUCAGAAAAAUCCUUUUAAGUUAUAUAUUAUAUAAACAUUACAUAGGUAAAAAGUAAUACUGUAUUACCUUUAUCAGAAGCAUUACUUUACUUAGUAAUUGAAUACUAAUCCUAAUGCUUACUGUAAAACGAAGUCAAAUUUGUUCAGCUGCCAUUUACUAUAUCAAAUUCACACUUGUAUAUAACUAAAAAAUUACUUUACAUAACUUCUGGAAAUGGAAGAAUAACAAGAAAAAGUACAAAUAUUACAAGAAUAAACAUUAAAUCGCCACUUUGACACUUCAGUCAUUUAAGACACCAAACACCAAAAACAUUUAGUUUCUUUCCCAACACAAUUUGUGUGAUACGAAAAAUGAUUAGGAAACUUAUCAAUAAUAAUACCUGUAAUUGAAACGUAGCAUUAAAACAUAAAUUUAUAAUUUCAAAGUAGUAAAGCUUAGAAACCAAGAUUUUAAAUUACUAUUGUUUUUGUCGAGGCUGGUGUUUACUGUGUACUUGACAGAUUAUCAGAGUUAUCUCGCCAGUGUGUAUUGUAUUGUGUAGUCGUGAAGAGGACACAGGGUUGUGUUGUGAUUGUUGGGCCAGGUGAUUCCAGACUUUAUUACUUGAUACACGACUGAAUGUAUCCAUUCUUAUCAUGUCAAACUUUAUCUAAAAUCCAAUCGAUAGCUAAUAUAUUACUUUAAGAGAUAUAUAAAAAUCAUUGUCGAUAGUAAUAUUUAUUUACUAAAUUGAUUUAUUAGUAGAACAGCUUCGACCGUCAUAGCUAAGCAUUGUCCACUUUCAAUAAUUAUUGUACUUUGAACUUAUACUGGUGUGUACAACACCUCGGGCCAAUUUCAGAAUUCAAAAUCAAAUUUCCCUUUUGUACCAAAAGAUGUAUUGCAGCCCAUAGUUAAUUUAGUGUUUUUAUCCGAAAACAAAUUCGUUUAAGGUUUCAAUUUGGUUGAAAUGUUUAAAUAAUUCUAGUCAUCGAAGGUUUUGUCUCGGUUGUUAUAUUUAUCCAUCGUAAACUUUACAACCAGCAUAUUUGUGAACAUUUUUCAAGCUCCUUCAAAAAAUCUGUGUAUUUAGAACCAUUCUCAAUCACUCAUCUUCAACUCAGAUUGUUAUGUAGGACAUCUCUUGUAUACUAGCUAGUGCAUGCAGACAAGAAACGAGCUUUAACUGACUUUCAAUUAAAACUGUUACAUUUAUGUUUUCAUUACACUUAUUGCACAUAUUGUAAGAACCAAAGUAAUAUCCUAUGAUUAGUUACAGCCCUAUAAAGACGUAUAUUCAAAUUAGCAUCGGUCCAUAUGUUGCCAAGUGUACUAAAGGCAAAAAAAUACUCUAUCAAAAAAUACCUAAAAUAAUAAUAUUUUUAGAUUACAAAUUCAUAAUACCAACUACAUCUAAUCCGCUAAGAUUUGUUUCCUGUGGGGAAAACUACAGUGAAACAUAUGAAAUUGUUUUGUUCUCGGUACUUUUAUCCCAUUGGUACCUUCCAAUCAAAUAAUAUAGAUUUCACAAUUAAUUGAUCAUAAUUUCCUAAAUUGUAAACAAAUAAUUAACAUGUUGGAAGAAUAACCAUACAGUUUUCAUAUAAAUACGAAUAAAAAUUCAAAACUUAAAUGUAUGAGUAACAAAUAAUUACCCUUGACUAUUUUCAUUAUUUUUUUUAUCUAACACCUUUAAAUGUAGCGACCUUACACAGAAAGGUGAAUAUUGUAUAAUCACAUUAAGGCAAUCAUUUCAAUUAAAGUUGAUUUUCUAAAAUAAGGAUUUGUAAUGCAUGGUACAAAUAUAACUAGUAUUGCAAAACGCAGCUCAUGGGUGGAUAUGUACAUUAACUUGUUUUUAGAUAUAAAGUGUUAGAUUUUAUACUGCGACAUAGAUGUUACUGAUAAUUUAAAACAUGUUCCUUUAUGUUAAAGAGCAUAAAAUGUUCACAAUGUGUAAAUUACUCGAGAUACCACAAAGUAAAACCAUUGUUUGUGUUACUUAUAAGAAUAUAUAUUACGUUAUCGACCGACUGUCUAUUAAAUUGUUGAUAUACUUACACACUUAUAAAAUAUAAAUUUACGGAUUUGUUUGACAUAUUUUAACAAUUGUGUUUUAAAUAAAUUGUUGGUCAUAACUCUGUUAAAUUUGGGUUGCAAAGAUUGUUUUGUAACCUCUAGUAUUGCAUUAGUGUUAUGUCGCUUUAAAAGCUCCAAUUUUUAUUGAAUAAAUACUGUCCUUUAAA